GCUGUCACACUAAUGAAUUCAUGCAGAUACCCAUGGCUUAUUUCGGUCAGAAUUGUGAGAAAGUUGUGGAACCUCUGGGCAGUGACAGAUGUAAAUUUUAGCUCUGGAGAGAUAUGUAAAUGAAGUAAUGUCAUAUUUGGUGACGUCAUGGAUUUCGAAGGGUACAGUGUUGCAGUGGUGUAAUGUGAAUUGUUCUUUUAAAGACGUUCUACCUUAUACGAAAACGUGAAUGCUAGGAGGGUUUCGAGAUUAGGUCACGUACAAAAACAUUUGCUUUAUUAUAAUUGAAAGAUUGAGAUUUUGCGUUACAAACUUAUUAUCUAACGGUCAAGUGUUUCAUCGAGAAUAUCACCGAGAGGCUUGCUAAGUAGAAUAGAGCUAGGCUUUGAAUUACUUCACUUUUCAGUAAGAAGCAGAACAUAGCAAAUCACAGAUAUGAUUAACGUUUAGUCGUUAUUGUGUUUACCACAUAAUAACAGGUCUGCGCUGGAAAGAUGAUUCUAUGUUGGAGUUCGCUAAGACGGACGAAUUAACCAACAUUAUAAUUGCUUUAAUAACGUAAUGACACCAUAAAAUAUACAAUUUUAAUAAUGUGGCCUAAUUUGCUUUGUCAAAGCUCUACGUGAAUUGAAAAAGCGAGCGGUGUCAAGGUGUCCUCUGAGUGAAAAAAUGAUAGGCCAUUGUUAGUCCACGGCGGGUAAUCGCCGUCGCCCGUGGACUCGUGCAGCGCAUGUACCGGUAACGUUUUUUUCUUUGUAUCUUUAUUCUUAUGACAAGCUUAGUUUAGACUCAACUAAAGGUAUUUGAAAGAAAGCGCCGUCACGUCGACCCACUGUUCAGCGAGGCAUGGUAAACUAACUCAAAAGAAUAGUGUUUAUCAGUUAUCGAGUAAAGGGAAUAUUAUACGUUAAGGGCCUUGUUAUAAUGUUGUGAUUUAUGCGUGUCUAGAAGCAUCAGAGAUGAAAGCUGACCUGCGAUAUAUUGUGCUUGUUUUCGUUUCGUAUUGUCUACAUUUUUCUCUAUCAGAUAGUGACGUCACGGAGUGCACGUGUGCGAAAAAGCAGUUUACAUGCGCGACGUCAUCAUGCACUUGCAUACCAAUCGAAUGGAAAUGUGACAGUGAUAACGAUUGUGGGGACCAGAGUGACGAAGACGGCUGCUUUUUAGGGGCGGAGACUUGCGGAAGUGAUUACUUCCGGUGUGCAAAUGGUUUAUGUGUCUCAAAUAAAUGGAAAUGUGAUGGUGCGAAUGACUGUGGGGAUGAUAGCGACGAACAAUCUUGUGGCGAUUAUCCUGAAAAAAAUUGCCCAGAAGGACAUUUUCUCUGUGAUAAUAACGAAAAAUGUGUUGUCAACGAUUGGAGAUGCGAUGGUGAACAGGAUUGUAGCGAUGGGUCCGACGAACAUCUUUGUGAUAUGAAAAACUCUGAAGUAAUCGCCAUUAAUGUUACUUGCCAACACGAUGAAUUUUCAUGCGAGCAAUUUGGUGAAUGUAUACUAAGUAGCUACAGAUGUGACGGUGAUGACGACUGCUCUGAUUCAAGCGAUGAGUUUUCUUGCUAUGACCGAUGCGAAGCGAACGAAUUCCGAUGUGCUAGUGGCCAAUGUGUUCCACAAACUAAUCGAUGUGAUGGGUCCGAAGACUGUGGUGACGCGUCUGAUGAAGCUGAGUGCGUUGGGAGAGAAGAAAAGACAUGUAUGGUGAAUGAAUUUCAAUGUGCAAACGGUGUUUGUAUCAGCGAUACAUGGAGAUGCGACGAUGCCGCUGAUUGUGAUGAUAAUUCAGAUGAGACGAAUUGCGAUGUUUCAUUGUGUGAUAGUGAACACUUCCAAUGUGCAAGAACUUCACAGUGUAUUAAAAUAUCAUGGAAAUGUGACGGAGAACAAGAUUGCGUUGACAGCAGUGAUGAAGAAGAUUGUGGAAAUAUAUCUGGAGUCUGCUCUGAUGAUCAAUUUGCAUGUGAUAAUGGUCAAUGUAUAGGAAUUCACAAAUUAUGUGAUGGAAAUCAAGAUUGUUUUGAUUUAUCAGAUGAGCCACCUAAAUUUGAUUGCAAUGCAACUAAUGGCAAGAGACCUAUGUGUUCUGGCAUUCGAGGGCACUGUCAACACUUCUGUCAAAAUACAACAUUUGGAGCCAAAUGCAUGUGUCAACGUGGUUUUAAGUUAGCAGUGAAUGGGAAUUCUUGUCUAGAUAUAAAUGAGUGUUUGGUUGAAAGCACUUGCAGUCAAAAAUGCAUCAACACAAAUGGAAGUUACACUUGCUCGUGUUCUGAUGGUUAUAUUCUACGAUAUGAUAGGAGAUCAUGCAUAGCAAAAGGACCUGAAUUAUCAUUGUUAUUCGCAAAUAGAAUCGAUAUAAGAAAUGUACAAAUUGGUCAAACUGAUGUUGAGCCUGUUGUCCAUGGAUUGGAAAAUGCAGUCGCUAUUGACUAUCAUUUGAAAAAAGAGUUAAUAUUUUGGAGUGAUGUAACACAAGAUCAAAUCAAGUCAUCAUAUGUGAACGGAAGUAAUGUCAAAGAUAUUGUUACAGGGGGACUACAAAGCCCGAGUGGUGUAGCAGUUGAUUGGAUACAUGACUUACUCUACUGGACUGAUUCUGGAACAUCAAGAAUAGAAGUAUCAAAACUGAGUGGACAAUAUCGUAAAGUACUUUUAUGGGAAAAACUCCAAAAACCAAGAGCAAUUGUUGUGCACCCACAUAAAUGUCUUGUAUUUUGGACUGAUUGGGGAAUAAGUCCCAGGUUAGAAAGUGCAUGGAUGGAUGGUCGAAAUAGAAAAGUUUUGACGACAAAAGAUUUGUAUUGGCCUAAUGGACUUACAUUAGAUUUGACGUUAGAUCAAAUAUACUGGGUGGAUGCGAAACAUCAUGUAAUUGAAAGAAUUGACACUGACGGAAAAAAUAGGAAAACAGUAAUAACAAGAGGUCUACCUCAUCCAUUUGCUAUCACUGUAUUUGAAGACAAACUAUAUUGGACUGAUUGGGAUACAAAAAGUAUAAACCGUGCCAACAAAUUUACUGGAAAUGGACUCAGAUCAAUUCAUAAUCAUCUGCAUUUUCCAAUGGGAAUUCAAGCAUAUCAUCCACUGAGACAACCAGAAGGAGAAAGCCAAUGCGCACAAAGUGAAUGCACUCAGUUGUGUUUACCGAAUCCUUAUGGACAUUCCUGUGCUUGUCAAACUGGAUAUCGACUCAUUAACACUACACAUUGUGCAGUUGAAAUUAAAGAAUUUUUGGUUUUUGCAAGGAAAAAUGAAAUCAGGAGAAUAUCAUAUGACGCAGACAACCAUUCUGACAGUGUAAUUCCAUUGAAAAAACUGGAAAGUGCGAUUGCAUUGGAUUGGGAUAAUGAUGGUUAUUUGUAUUGGUCAGAUGUUGGCUCUGAUACUAUAAACAGAGCAAAAUGGGAUGGAUCUAAUCAAGAUGUUGUCAUUUCAAGUAAUUUGGAUUCACCAGCCGGCUUAGCCAUCGACUGGAUAAAUCAUAAAAUUUAUUGGACGGAUGCUGGAUUGAAUCGAAUUGAAGUUUCAUUACUGGAUGGCUCUACACGCUGUGUACUGGUGUGGAUGAAUUUAUACAGACCAAGAGAUAUUGUGUUGCUCCCAUCUAAAGGGUAUAUGUUUUGGAGUGAUUGGGGUGACGAACCUAAGAUUGAACGAUCAUCUAUGGAUGGAAAAGAUCGGGUUGCCAUUGUUGUUGACAAUUUGAAAUCACCAAAUGGACUUGCUCUUGAUUUUGCUGGAGAAAGAUUAUAUUGGGCAGACAGUGGAUUACAUAUAAUUGAAUCUUGUGCUUUUGAUGGAUCAAGUCGUCAAAAAAUUCGGAGUAAUAAUAUGCCACAUCCAUUUGGUCUUGCCCUACACAAGGAUAGAAUUUACUGGACGGACUGGAGCUUGAAUAAGAUACAGAGUGCUAAUAAGAUAACAGGACAAGAUCACCAAAUACUACGAGAAAAUUUGGAAUAUUUAAUGGAUAUUCAUUACUACGAUGCGAACCGUCCACCUUCCUACAACCCAUGUAAUGAUAGAAAUGGGAAUUGUUCACAACUAUGUUUAUUGUCAUCAUCUAACGAAAACAAACCAACAUAUUCUUGUGCUUGUCCUAUUGGACUUGCAUUGGGUUCAGAUGGUAAAACAUGCAACAGCCAUAUGAACAAAUUUAUUGCUGUAGCAAGACGAACUGAUAUUCGGGUGAUCUCUCUUGACGUUCCAUACACUGCUGAUAUAAAACUUUCAUUAUCUGGAAAUCUUAUAAAUGUAGUGGAAAUUGCAGUUGAUCCAGUAGAAGGUUAUCUAUAUUGGUCGGACAUUGGUUCACGAAGUAUUGCAAAAACAAAGAUGAGUUCGUUCAACAGAGAAUCAAAAAUUAUAAUGCAAACAGGUCUCGGUACUGUGGAUGGACUUGCUAUUGAUCAUAUGGAAAGAAAAAUGUAUUGGACAGAUGCUGAUCGUGAAUUGGUGAUGGUUUCACAAUUAGAUGGUUCAUCUCGUAAAUCAAUUGUUUACGAAAACCUGGACUCACCUCGUGCUAUUGUUUUGCAUCAUGAAUCUGGGUAUCUAUAUUGGACGGAUUGGGGAUCUCUACCUAAAAUUGAGAGGAUUGGUAUGGAUGGAACAAAUAGAUCUAUUAUAAUAUCAAAAGAUUUGGUUUGGCCGAAUGGAUUAACUAUCGACGAAGAACAGAACUUACUGAUAUGGGGUGAUGCACACAUAGAGGUUAUCGAAAGCUCGGAUCUUCUCGGAGGAAAUAGAAAAAUAUUGAAAGUAUCUACACCCCAUCCCUACAGUUUAACAGCCAUGGAUGGAUUUCUGUAUUGGACUGAUUGGCAGACUCGUAAUGUUGAAAGACUAAAUUUGAGGAAUCUCACUCAAUCUGCUACGAUGAGAAAACAAUUACCAAAUAUUAUGGGAAUAAAAGCAGUCACCUUACAGUUAAAUAAAAACAUGGAUGAAAUAGAAAAUAAAAGAGUAUGUACUGGGAAAGAAGGAUGUACACAUUUAUGUUUGCGGAGUCCAACGUCAAAAGAAGGUUAUCGUUGUGCGUGUCCGACAGGAAUUAAACUACAUUCAGAUAUGAAGACGUGUAGUAAUAUACCGGAACAGUUUUUACUUUUUACCUCAAGAAAUGAAAUUCGACGACUCUCGUUAGACACUGAUGAAAAUGUUUAUGUUCAAUUACCUAUUCCUGGAUUGGAGAAUGUUAUCGCUGUUGAUUACCAUUACAGAAAAAAGAUAUUGUAUUUUACCGAUGUAUAUCACGAUAUAAUAAGAUCAUCAAAAUUUGAUGGCUCUGAUGCAAAAACAGUGGUGGAAGGAGAUUUGAAAACAAUGGAUGGUAUUGCUGUUGAUUGGAUCGCAGACAACUUAUAUUGGACAGAUACCGGACCAAAUACUAUAUCUGUUUCAAGGAUGGACGGAACAAAAAGAAAAACACUAGUAAAGAAUGCAUUAGAUGAACCCAGAGCAAUUGCUUUACAUCCAUUGAAAGGUAAAAUGUUUUGGACAGAUUGGGGCAAUAAAGCAAAAAUUGAAAGUUCAUAUUUGGAUGGAAAUAAUAGAAAGGUCCUAAUAUCAAAUGGAAUAGUGUGGCCGAAUGGAUUGACAGUUGACGUUAUCGAAGGUCGUAUAUUCUGGGUUGAUGCUCAUUCAUCAAUGAGAAAAGUUGAAUCAUGUGAUUUGCAAGGAAGAAAUCGAACUGUCGUGAUGUCAAACGUGCUUCAUGGAUUCUCUAUAUCUUAUAUGAACAGCAGAUUAUAUUGGACAGACUGGAAAACUCAUGCAAUAGAAACGCUGAAUCUAAGAACUGGAUCUGAUCACCGGACUAAGUUACUGGGUGGAAUCGAAGGUCUAAUGGAUAUAAAGGCUGUAUCUGCUGAACAACAACAAGGCAGUAAUGCAUGUGAUGCAUCAAAGGGAUACGGCGGCUGUAAAGAUUUAUGUUUGAUGCAAGGAGCAGCGAAAAGUGUUUGUGUUCGAGCUGAUGAUACAUCAAAUCUUCCUCUAUCAACUCGUCCCACACCAAAAUUAACAUCAAUAAGAACGAAACCACCUCACCGCUUUUCUACAAAAUCUAAUCCUAUUUUAACUUCAAGCUUGGAAACACCGAGCUCUCCUGAUCAUAAAUCAUACUUUCUUUGGCUUCUUGCUGUCUUAUUGAGUGUAUUCGUCAUCCUAACAAUAUUUGGAAUUCUAGCAUGGAGAUAUCUACUUUCAAAGAAGCUUAGGACAGGGACUCAAGCUGAUACUAUUGAUGUUACGUUUCAACUUAAUCACGGAUAUACAACAGGAAGCCAAAACACGCUUCUUACAAGACUAGAAAUGAGAAGCUCAGGGGCUUCUGCAAUCGAAAUGAAAAUGACAAACUUAAGGUCGAGUGGUCGCUCGACAAGUGCUGCGGAGGACUCACACGAUCAAGAGGCGCGUCAAAAACUUUUGCCACAAAUUCAAGAUGCCCCUGAACAUCUAUCGAAUUCAAACACUGAAAUAGAAUCAGCACCAAUGAUUGAACCUGCAAACAUUGAAGAUGUACAUGAUAAUAUAAGCUUAAUUUCAGCUGAUGUUAUAACUUCAGAUUCAGAUGUUAAAUUAUGAUUGUUGUAAACAUCGAUAUAAAUAUGAAAUGAGACUACAGAUCGCUUUUGUUUGGUCGUCAUGUGAUUUAUCGUAAGCUGUCCAUUUGGGUUAGACAUACCGGUGUAUAUUUUGGCGCUCCCGAAGUAUGGCGCACAACCUGAACUCUAACCUGGUACACAUACUAUGUUCAGGUUGUGCGCCAUCUUGGUGCACAUAAUCUCCGAAGGUCCUAUAUUUUAACAUAAAAUAAUAUUCCUAAGAUAUAUAAAUACCACAAACAAUGCGGCCAAAUCAGCUGGCCCAGAGGACAACACAAAAACAGGAAGGGUCUCAGUGUAGAAAAAAAUUUACAAAAUAUGUCAUACUAUUAUUUUUUUCAAACAUAGCAAGGACGUAACAAGAAACGUAACCCCAAAUAAACUCUUUGUGGUGGGUGUACAAGGGUCUUUAUUUGAGAAGAGAAAAAAGUGUGACAAAUACCAACUUCCUUUCUUCAACAAGUGUGAUUUGAAUGUUUUAUUGAUGGCAUCCAGCUCUUUUAUUUCAACUAAACUAUUUCUGAAUUUAUAUUUUAUAGACAGAUUGCAACAUUCCGAUUAUUUUUCCUAUUUUGUAUAUAUGUUAUUUAAGUUUUUUU